UUUUUUUUACUGAUAGCUAUGCAUGCUGUUUUAUAUAUGAUAUGUAGACUUUUUUUAAUUUAUUAUUAGUCAGCAAAAUUUAUUAUUUUUUUGUGCAAUUAUUAUUAUUUUUUUGGAAAAAUUUUUUGUAUCUUUGUUGAUUGUGGAAUUGAAGGAUGUGCGACCCAACUUUCACAUAUCGAACCACCAAGAUUACUAUCUUACGAAAUCGUACUAAGAUAUUAGUGCAAUUCAUAAAAAAAAUGCUAAUAUACAGAACCAUACUCUCCAACAUCAAUGUCGAGUUUUACCUCCAUAUUUUUUUCAUACGUUUGUUGGAAGAAACAUUUUAUCAAUGAUGAAACUAAAAAUGUACUCUCUUGCAUGUAUUUUUAGAUCAUACGUGUGCAUGCUGAAUUUAUAUUUAACAUACAUUGCAUGCCAUAAGCCAAUGAGCAAAGAUUAAACGACUGCAAUAAAUCCGACUACUUCCCGUAGGUUUAGAUGGGCCGCUUUAGGUAGCAUCUGGUGAUCUAAAUAGAAUUGCUAUUGUGAUCGAGAUCACCAAUAAUUUUUAUUUUAGAAUUAUCUGAUCUUCAAUGAUCUAAGAUUACCGUAUGCUAUGUUCCAAUGACUAAAGAUAUUUGGAUAUUCACAGUUAAUCUAUUUAGUAUAUUAUAGAAAUCCAAAAUCUAUUUAGUAUAUUAUGAAAAUCCAAAAUCACCGAGUACUAAAGCUAUUCCUAAUAUAUUUCAUAUAUUUUAAUAUUUUAAUUCUGGUUGAAGGAAUAUUUCUGCCUCCAAAUUCUACGUCCACGUCACUAUCUUCGGGUGAUUUUUUAAGGAUGGGUCUAGAUCAUUAGAUUCAGCAAACAUUUUAAAAGUGGGGACGAUUUGAAAAUGUAAUCAAAUACACUGGUUUUGUUACGUCCAUCUACAUCUUCCAUCAUCCUGGGGUCAUCACUGCGAUGACUGCAUACAGCUUCUAGGGUCGCAGGAAUAUAAAUUGGGUGCCGUUAGAGUAGGGUGGCUUAGAAGAUCUUUCUUCUUAAAUUUAUUCCCCUUGAUGGAAGACGGUCAAUUUGACCGAAUCAACUUGGCAGAAAUCCAACGGUUGGACGACAAUGAUUGGCUCAUCCUACCCGAUACCACCGCCAUCACAGCAUCAACCACCAUUCCAUGGAUGGACUCCACGUAGACCCCAUCGAUAGAGCUCGGGAACAACUCCACCAUCAAUCCCUCGCCCCACUUCGCAAAAGCUUCGAAAACGCUCCCCUCCUCCAUUAACGCUACGAAACAGCAGAUGGGACCAACUUUAUCUCGCAGCACCACGGCGUACCCAAAUGUCGUCAUCUACCCUAAAAAAGGCCAGCUUCCAUUCUCUCAUCCUACCAGUUCCUAUUUCACAGUUUGCUUCAAAAGAAGAGCCCAGGGUAUUAUGAUACGCCAUUAAUGGUGGAGGUGGGGCACGCAAAAUAACGGCCGGUGCGUUUCGUUUUUCCACCUGGACGUCGAUAUCCUUCGGCCGGCCUCAUUACUCCCCCACUUGGGUCUCUCUCUCUCUCUCCUCUUUUCCUCUCUUAUUACUUCUGACUUCGCCCUCCAAUAUAUCCUUGCCGAUUCCCAAAGCCACACACGCAUGCACUCUCUCUCUCCCAUGCUAUUUUUAGGCACAAAAUGAACUCAUAAUCUGCUCUAGAACUCUAGAAUUCUCCACGCUGCAUGAAGGAACACCACCAUUAUUCUGACACUCGCAUGACCUCCCUCCUACUAUAUAUCUAGUGGGUUUUCUAAGAUUUUGGCUCCUCCUAAUCAUGUCCCAAGGAGGUCAAGUCACCGCCGAGUUCGUCGUUGCUUCGGAGAUGGCAACGGGAGGAGGCGCCGGCGUUGGUUCUGGUUCGGCGGGACAGCCGGUGACCAAGCUGGUGAUGAUGCCUUUAUUUGACAGCGCCGAGGAAACGGCGUCGAAUGGAGUGGAAGCGACAGGAGGUUGUGAUGAAAUGAUCGCUGGACAGGUUGAGCAGGAGUCGUCAAAGGCGUUGCAGCUUCCUGCCUUGCAAUUCCAACUAGGUCACAGCCUGCGUGGAGCCGUGAAUGCUUCGUGUAUUUUAUAUUUGAUGCCUGUGCUUAAUCUGAUUCUGAAAACUAAUGAUUGAUACGAACACAAUUCACAAUUUAUAACUUGAUCUUACAUUUCAUUUCUUCUUCUUUUUUUCCUCUAACUUUAAUCAUGUUGAAUGGUCUAUAUUGUAGGUGAAUCAACCCAAAUACAUUAAUCAAAUAAAUCUAUAACUUGUAUAUGCUGAAUUAUGUAUUCUUGAUGAAUGACACAGUGUUGUCUGGGCUUGAGUUGACAACUAUUUGUACCGCUCUCAUUAGAAGUAUCGUUGGAAUCUAUAGUAAUGUUGAUAUAUUGUUUACAGUAUAUCGAGCUUUUCUUCUGUAUUUUGAAACUAAGGUUGACUUAGUUAAGCUUCUUUUUCUAUAGGUUGUCACUGCCUCAAGGCCUCCUCUAACAAUUUAGACUCACUUUUCACGUCUAUCUUUCCAAUGUCAACUAACGCACUGAGAGCAAAUCUUAUGAAUUAUCUACUUUCAUAUCAUGGUUCUCUAUAUGAUGAUCUGCCCCAUCCAUUUUCUGCUUCGAAUUUGAAAGUACAUAACGAUGCGAUCAAAGACCCUUCUAAUACCUCUCAGAUGCAAAUGAAAAGCUCCUCUCCAAACACUCCAAACAAGUUGUAUCCUGAAUCAGCUUGCCAGUGUAAUCCUAUGGCUGGACCAAACGUUCUUUCAGCAUCUACAAGAGGUUCACUAAUGAAUUUCGUGGAUGAUGGACAUCUUGAUGUCAAGGAGACUAUGAAUCAUGGGCUGGAGGAAUUGAAAAUGGUUCUACAAAAAGAGUUAACAAAUAGUGAUGUUGGAAGAAUUGGGAGAAUAGUCCUACCUAAGAAGGAGGCCGAGUCUAACCUUCCUCCCUUAUCUGAAAGAGAUGGAAUGAUGCUGCAGAUGGAUGACUUGAUACUUCCAACAACAUGGAAAUUCAAGUACAGGUUCUGGCCAAACAACAGAAGUAGAAUGUAUAUUAUGGAAACUACAGGUGAUUUUGUAAGAACCCACGGUCUUGAGGCAGGGGACUUCUUCAUUAUUUACAAAAGCUCUGCAUCUGGAAAUUAUGCGGUUGCUAGCAAGAAGGGCAAUCGACUGCCUACAUCUGUGGAUUUGCUACAUUGUCACACCAUGAACCAAUGCAACAUGAAUGAAGAUGGCAACUCUUGUUUGUCAAGAAUUGGGAAGGUGAGAGGUGCCAAACACCAGCUGUGUUUAGAGCCAAGUAAAAGCUUGGGACAGGGUAGCCAUUCUUUUCUCACCGUGGCCAGAAAUGAUUCCUUGAGGACUGGUGUCCUGAAUGAUUUUGAUGGGCACCCUGCUGGUCCUCAUUUUCAAAACCUCCCUCCUUAGAUAACAGUCCUAAGGAAACAUGUUUCUUUCUCAGUUACAGGGUCAGCUGGUCGAUUAUUCUAUGAGUUUUUGGAGGAAGGAUUCCCAAUCUCUGUAUUAAACAUCUCCAUGUAACUUUUGAAUUUUUAAAGUUUGUACUGGUGCUGCAUUUUAUAUUCUGUUGACCUUGGAUUUAUGUUUAUGUUUCCAUUGUUUAAUGAUACAGAAAGUACAUCAUGUAAACACUUAGAAGGUUUUUAGUAGAAAAAAAAGCUAUCAUCUCAAAACCCCUAAUAUUAUCUGCAGUUUCACAACAAAAUGAUGAGAUAAUGUACCGAGAAAUCAAAUGUAGGUUUCGUCAUGCAUCUCUAACCUAGUAACUUGAACUAUACUAAAUCAUCAUUUGAGGAGAUAUGCAACAUUCUUUGACUAAUU